AUGUCGCUCUCCACUGAACAAACAGAAAACGCACAAAGACCAAACCCCUUCACUACACGUGUUGCCCAUCUCGAGAAAACUCGCAAAGUCGAAGUGUGGAACGAAAGAUGGCCUGCAGAAGAGUCUAUUCUUCGAUAUGAGCGUUCUCUCCUCAUCCCAAUAAUUAAGGUCACACCUCCGCCACACGUCCACUUGUACUUUUGGAGUGUACAGCAUAAUCAACGAAAUCAGCGUCCUGACGCUUCUGUUCUAUCUGAAAUUCUUGCUCCAUCUUUGAAUGUGAAGGUUGAAUUUCCAGUCAUGGUACAGAAAGGGAUCAAUCGAAUGGUUUGGGAGGAGAAAAAGGUGGGGGCAGGAUUCCUACUAUUCUCCGGACUCCCAACAGAAAUACGAAUCCAGAUCUGGGAAUCCGAGGUUCGACGACCAAGAGUGAUCGAAGCUCAAUAUUCUAUCGGCUACGGGAUACCAACAUUUAUUGGAGGUUCACGUGCCGAGAAAGCAGAGAGAUUCGUUUUGCAAGAGAAACAUGAAAGUCUUGUUCCGAGGUAUAGAGAACGAUGGUUGAAUCAAGCACCUCAGGAAGUUUUCUCUUCUGGGUCAGCAGGAAGACUCGAAUUCGUCCCUGAGAGAGAUACGAUCUUCUUGCGCUCAAUUGACAAACAUGGAGACUUCCCACAGUUGCCUACUUCGCACUUCCGCGGUCUUGAUAAGAUUCAACAUCUUGCUCUCUGCCUUCAUCGUACCUCGCUCACGUUGCACAAUUCUUGGAAAAAUGUUCUUGUGUCGCAAUUCGUCAAUUUGAAAACAUUGAGUUUCAUGUUAGGAGGUCAAGAUCAAAGUUGGGUUGACGAUGGCCAGAUUGUCCUUCGAGAUUUGGAAGAAUGGUUCUUGGAUGGUAGACCAAGGCAGAUGCGGGUUGAUGAUUGGCUGCUGGAUAUUAGUGAGGUGGGACAGUACUUGAGUGGUGGUAUGUUCGAUAAUGGGAUAAAGAGUAGGAGUCGACCAAAGCAAAUGACCUGGGGAAUGAAACCAGGAUGGGUGAGAGCUGAUCAUUGGGAAGGUCUCAAUGUGCGAGUUGUUGCGUGGUCCAAGGAGUGAUCAUGGUACCUGGGAAGACUUUUCUAUUGGAGAAGUAGUUGAGAGUUAGGAAAAACUUGCCAAACCAGCAGA